UUGCUCAUUGGUCUGAAAGAAUUGUUGUAAGAUGGCGCCCAACGAAAUAUGAGUGGUUUAGAAAAAACUACACUUAGCCUUUUGACGAAGAUCACGAAAAAAAGGAAAUAUAUUCCAAGGGAACCACAGUAGCCCAAAAAUCACCCGCCCGUGAGAAGAGGCGCGUCAUUUCCAGAAAAGAACAGCACUGGUGGGCGGCUCGAUUAACGGCCCGGUUGAGGAAGAGAGGUUUCCCCUACAGAGGAGGACCUUGUAAGAAGCAAUGAAUAACUCCCUGGAUGGUGCAAGCUCCUAUGAGGAGCUGGUAAGGCAGAAAGCUCGGAGCAUCCCUCAGCAUCGCAUGAAAGAGUUUCUGGAGUCUUUGGCCAACAAGGGUCCAGAUGCUCUGCAGGAGUUUAGUCAGCAAAGUGGUGAUGCUACCACCACCACCACCACUAUGGUGUACCAACAAGAGGCCAACUGCAUCUACACAGACAGCACAGAGGUGGCAGGGUCUCUGUUGGAACUGGCAUGCCCGGUUCAAGUGCAGGUGCAGCCACAGCAGCAGCAGAUACAGGAGUCCACAUCUCAGCAACAAUCUGUACAGCAGAAUACAGAGAUAGUGCAGGUGCAAAUCGGGGGGCAGCAGCAAGGUCAAAUGCUGGGUCAGGUCCUUCAGGUGCCCUCGGGCUCACAUCAACAGCUACAAGGUGUGACUACUGCGCAGCUGAUUCAGCCUGGUGAACUCACUGAGGAACAGCACCAGCAGCUGCAGGCCCAGUUGGUGGCUGCUGUCGCAGGGGGACAGCAGAUUCAGAUCCAGACAGUGGGUGCCCUCUCUCCUACCCAGCAGCAGGACAGUGCGGAGAGGAGGGUAUUGGGAGCAGUUGCCACAUCGCAGGGAGCAGGUGUCCUCCAGCCAGCCAAGAAGCGUAAGGUGGACAUGCCCAUCACAGUUUCCUAUGCUUUGCCUGGUCAGCAGGUAGCCACAGUGCUGGCUAUCCCCCAAGGACAGGGCCAACAGCAAAGCUAUGUGUCCCUGAGACCAGACCUCCUCACGGUGGACAGCUCCCACCUUUACAGUGCUACUGGCACCAUCACAAGUCCAACAGGGGAGACUUGGACCAUCCCUGUGUAUUCCGCUCCUGCUGGGUCCGGAGGCCGUGAGCAGGUCACACACAUUGCCAUCCCCCAGGAGGCUUAUGGAACAGUGCAGGUUGCAGGAGCAAACACUACAACAAUGACCACAAUGCCAACACAAGUUACUGUUGAAAAUGACAAGCUGAAAAUCCCUGCCAGUCAAAGUCAGACGGCACAGGCCGUUUCCAGCAUAACAAGCUCUGGAGCUAUGGGGGGCCAGGAAGAAGUGGUGCACACGCUGGCCGCAAACACACUGUUCCCUGCACAGCUGAUGAAUGGAAACAUCCACAUCCCAGUAGCAGUACAGGGCUACUCCAACACCACACAGUCCCUUAUCUGGGACCCACAGCAGCAAGUGCUGCACACGCAGGGGCUGCCGGGGCAGGAUGCCCAGCAACUUCAGGUGCAGGGUCAGACGGUGGUAGCAGAGGUAGAUAGCCAAGGCCAACAGCAGGUGCAGGUACAAGAGCUGCUGCUGCCCGCCACACUGAAGCCGGAGGAGGGGCUGGAUGUUUGGCGGCUUUGGGCUCAGCGUAAAAACGCAGAGUUAGAGAAAUCCGACAAGAAUAAACUGGCACCAAUCGGUCGACGCCAGGCGCUGCGUUUCCAGGAGGACUUGGUGUCAUGUGCAGUUGCUGAGCUCUGCAUGGGGCUCUCUUUGAUGACAACAGAGGCUCGGGGGCUGGAAGGGGAGUCUUAUGAGGCAGAUGUUCUCUACUAUGUGUUUUUAUGCAUACAGAAAUAUCUGUUUGAUAACGGCCGUGUAGACGACGUUUUCUCAGAUCAAUACUACACUCGUUUUGCUCAGAGUCUGCACCAGAUCCUGGAUCCUUGGAAGCCAUCGAUUCAUCCACUAGGUUAUCUCAUCCCCAGUCAUGUGACAGAGGAGAUGCUGUGGGAAUGUAAACAGCUGGGAGCUCAUUCACCAUCAACACUGCUCACAACGCUAAUGUUCUUCAACACAAAGUAUUUUCACUUGAAAACAGUGGAUCAGCAUCUAAAAGUGGCCUUUUCAAAGGUGCUUAGACACACAAGGAAGAGUCCCAACAACCCCAAAGACAAGAGCACCAGCAUCCGAUACUUAAAGUCAACAGAGAGAUUCAUAGGACAGAAAGUGACAGAUGACAUGUACUCUGAGCAGCUGGAGGACCCAGAUAACCCACUUCGAUGUCCUAUCAAACUCUACGAUUUCUACCUCUUCAAAUGUCCCCAGACUGCGAAAGGUCGCAACGACACCUUCUACCUGACUCCGGAGCCCGUGGUGGCACCCAACAGCCCCAUCUGGUACUCAACUCAGCCAAUCCCAAAAGAACAGCUGGAGCAGAUGCUUGCCCGCAUCCUUGUCGUUCGUGAAAUUCAGGAAGCCAUUAAUAUGUCGGAGAAUGUGCACUAGUUCCAUAUGAGGGGAAGGACACACGGACUACGCUCUUCUUUCUCUUCGCCCAGCCUUUGAUUGUUCAGUACCAGUCUUCUGUUCCCUGACACCCUUCUAUGUUCUUUAAGGGUGGCAUGUAUAUGUUUAUAUUCAUCAUGUGUCUGCAUAUCUUACACAAAUGGACUGUACAUACACACAACACAGAUGAUCAUCUGUCUUACUGAGGCAAUCUGUUUGUUUAUUUUGGCCAAAGGAUUUAGUGUCUAAUCUUUUUAUUGGACCUGAACGCUAAUUUAAGUUUUUACUGUUGCUUCUACCUAGCAGUCUUAUUUCUUUCCAGUUCUGUUCUAACCUGUAUUAUACUGCAUAUAUAUUUUCUAGGGGGUUGGCCUUUGCUAUGCUGCUUUUCUUAGACAGCCCUCUUCAUUCCUGUACCUUCCUUCACUUGCCUUGGUCACUGUUAAGUCUCAGUGAGUACCUCAGUGGUAUUAAGACUAAUUAAAUAGCCAAACUUAGGCUAAAUGCUAACAUCAGCUUGUGUUGAAUUCUCUGUUUCUUUGCAUUUCACUGUUGUCUGUGGACACACUAGACUCUGAAGAUGACUCCCUUGCCUGUGGAUGCUGCUUAGGCUGUGGCGACCUCUGCUGGACUUGUUUAGCAACAGUGAAACACAUCGCGACUUGUUUAUGGAUUUUUCUCACACCUCGAUCUGCAGCUACUAGCAUUUGCCACAUGGUGGAGAUGUGGCAGAGGCAGCGCGAAAGAAGCAGACGACCGCUGGAUUCUUCUCUCUGGACAUCUCUCAUCCCAAAAAACUGACCCACGUGGAAUUUCUUGUAUCAUACAUGUUUAUUACAUGACAGGUGGAAGAAGUGGCUUAGCCCUUAAUGUUCUAUAAUGUACAAUAAUCAUGGCUCCUUCAUGUACUGUAACGAGUUCCAGACAUCCAAGGAGAAUGGCAGUGCCUGUGUGUUUUUUGAAACAUGACCUUUUUUGUACAGCCACUAUACCAUGUGCCUGCCUUUAUAGCAAGUCUGGUAUCAAUUCCACACACACAUCCUUACGUAUAGAUAGUCUGCAUUGUGUAAUAUUAAAUGAUGCACAAUGGUUUUCUUAAAUAAAAGUCAUCUCACAGCGUCA